AUGUCAGAUAUCACCCAACAAAAAAAGAGAAAAAGAUCCAGAGAGGAGGCCGAUCGUUCGAGACCCGCAGUAGAUGAGGAAAUCACCGAUCCAUCCUCAGAUGAAGAAGAACAACCUGAAAUUACUGAUGAAGAAGACGCAUUGGAAUCUGAAGAAGAAUUUGAGGGAGAAAAUCCAGCUGAUAAGAGAAGAAGGCUUGCAAAACAAUAUUUAGAGAAUCUGAAAAGUGAAGCCAAUGUCAUUUCGACUGAAGGUAAAAAUGAUACAGAAGAAGAUCAGAAACGUUUGGACGAAAGACCCGUCGAUGAAUACAAUAAUUUUGACGCUGGUGACUUGGAUAAAGAUAUCAUUGCAUCAAGAUUGAAAGAAGAUGUCGCUGAACAGCAAGGUCGAGUCUUUAGACAUUUUGCUGAUAAACUUCUAAUUUCUGAGGCUAUAAAAAGCUUCACAAGGGUAGGGGAAAAUAAUCUUACUUGCAUUAGUUGUUUCCAACCAGUUUUGAACAAAUUUACCUUUGAGGAAUCAUCUAAUGGUGAUAAAAACAAAGGUAGAAUAUUUGCUUACACAGUUAGUAAAGACUUACAACUUACGAAAUAUGACGUUACCGAUUUCAGCCAGAGACCAAAAAAGUUAAAAUAUGCUAAAGGUGGAGCGAAGUACAUACCCGAAAAUAAGCAAGAGUACGAAAAUACCACAGAUGGCCACUAUGAUGAAAUUCUAACUGUAGCAGCCUCGCCAGAUGGCAAAUAUGUUGUCACGGGUGGGAGAGACAGAAAAUUGAUUAUUUGGAGUACGGAAUCCCUAUCACCUGUUAAGGUUAUCCCUACAAAGGACCGCCGAGGAGAAGUUUUAUCCUUGGCUUUCAGAAAAAACUCUGAUCAAUUGUAUGCAUCCUGCGCUGAUUUUAAGAUAAGAACGUAUUCGAUAAACCAAUUUUCCCAAUUGGAAAUCCUUUAUGGGCAUCAUGACAUAGUGGAAGAUGUAUCUGCUUUGACGAUGGAAAGAUGUGUUACCGUUGGUGCCCGUGAUAAAACUGCUAUGCUUUGGAAGAUUCCCGAUGAGACUAGGUUGACAUUUAGAGGUGGUGAUGAACCUCAAAAAUUAUUAAGGAGAUGGAUGAAAGAAAACGCCAAAGAGGGAGAAGAUGGAAAAGUUGCAUAUCCCGAUGAAUCUGAAGCGCCUUUAUUUUUCUGCGAAGGUAGCAUUGACGUUGUGAGUAUGGUGGAUGAUUCUCAUUUUAUAACGGGUUCUGAUAACGGUAGUAUAUGUUUAUGGUCUCUGGCGAAAAAAAAACCUAUUUUCACUGAAAGAAUUGCUCACGGUAUUCUACCUGAACCCUCUUCAAAUGACAUUUCGGGCGAAACUGACGAAGAGUUAAGAAAAAGACAGUUACAAGGCAAGAAAUUGCUACAGCCAUUUUGGAUAACAUCUCUUUAUGCUAUUCCAUACUCAGACGUAUUCAUAUCAGGAUCAUGGAAUGGCUUCUUAAAAGUUUGGAAAACUAGUGAAAAUCUCAGAUCUUUUGAGCUACUAGGUGAGAUAUCUUGCGCUAAAGGUGUAGUGACUAAGAUUCAAGUUGUUGAAAGUGGUAAACAUGGUAAAGAAAAAUUUCGUAUUUUGGCUAGUGUAGCUAAAGAACACAGACUUGGUAGAUGGAUUGCAAAUGCUCCAGGCGCUAGAAAUGGUAUAUAUUCAGCUGUUAUUAAUCAAACAAGUUUUUAG